GCAAAAGGAGAGAUUACCAGUUGAAUAACGAAAGGUAUAAAGGCGAGUGAAAUUCACCCAAGUUUCCAACAGAAUCGUCGUUUUUGUAAGUUUUGAAUCGGUUAAAAGUGAUUCUGUUAAAUCAUGAAGGUUUUGUUUCUCGUUUUCGCCCUUCUGGCCACUCUGGCCAAUGCUGCUAAAGUCGAUUACACUGGACACAAGGUGAUUCGUGUCGUUCCGCAAACCGACGAACAAUUGCGCUUCCUGUUGAAGUUGCAAGAAGGAACUUACGAUUUCUGGGGCUCACCGUCGAGACUGGGAGAACCGGUUGAUAUUCGUGUCAGCCCUCAAAGGUACCAAUACCUGAUAAACACUUUGAACAGUGCGUCCCUCACCCACACCAUUCGAUUCUCCGAUAUCGGCAAACACAUUGAAGAUGAAGAGCGCUCCAUCAUUCUUCGCAGGGCUAUGCACUCCGGUCGGGCAUUCGAUUUUGAAAACUAUCACACUUAUUCAGAGAUUGAGGCCUUUGUAAAUGAGCUGGCAACAACUAGCCCUUUGGUGUCUUCCUCGGUUAUUGGCACCACCUAUGAAGGCCGAGGUAUUAUUAUGGCAACACUCAGCACUGGAAGUAGCGCUACUAAACCGGUCAUGUACUUUGAAUGUGCCAUGCACGCCCGAGAAUGGGUUACACCUGCCACUUGUCUCUUCAUGAUGAAUGAGAUUGUUACGAAAUACGGUACCGAUGCCGAGAUUACUGCACUGCUGGACUACGCCGACUGGCUCAUCACUCCCGUUUCCAAUCCCGAUGGUUACGAGUACACCUGGACCACGGAUCGUCUGUGGCGCAAAAAUCGAACUCCGAACUCGGGUCCCUGCUUUGGCACUGAUCCUAACCGUAACUUUGAUGCCGGAUUCGGUGGACCCGGAGCAUCUGAUUUGGAAUGCUCUGACACGUACCACGGGCCGUCCGCCUUCUCGACAGAAGAGGCCUCCGCCUUCCGCGACGUUUUGGCCGCUAACAGAGGACGUGUUGUUGCCGCAAUUACGAUUCACUCUUUCUCCCAGUUGUGGAUGAGUCCUUACGGUUAUCAGAAUGCCCUGCCCACCGAUUACGCCGAAAUGUUCCGCGUGAUGGAAAUCUCUGUCAACGCUCUGACGGCAACUUAUGGCACUGUCUUCCAGUACGGAAAUAUCGCCGACACCAUUUAUCUGGCUUCCGGUGGUUCAAUUGAUUGGACCUACGAUGCUGAAGGAGUGCUGUACUCGUACGCUCUGGAGUUGCGCGAUACUGGCCUUUAUGGUACUGAUGUCAGACCUGAAGUGGAGACAAACUCCAGUCCAUCAGAACAUAACCCCGAUCCAGUAAACGGUUCACCAUCAACAUGUAAUUCAGGUGGAUCGGUAUUUUCGAGUCCAAAGAUUAUAACCGGAGCCGGAAACAACCCGUUUGCCGUUCGAAGCUCUCCUGGUCGAGUGAACAAUGAGAAUAGCGGUGACACAGUAAACAAUUCGUCCGCUUCCAUCAUAGCGCCCAGUAAAUUUGGUGCUACAGCUUCGUCUCCUUGCAACUCCUCCAAUUCGGUUCAAGCUGUCGGAUUGUCUGCUUCGUCUUCAACAAGCCAUUCCCUCAAAGAGUCUCAUGAUGCCUCAGAAUGUAACGGUUCCUCUAAACCGCUACUGCGUCCGUCUCUCAUCGGAACGGGGAAUUCUUUUACGUCGUCCGGGAAUUCCCAAAACCAUAGCAUUUUGAAGCCAGCCACAUUGGGAAAUCCUUUUUCAAGAGCGGUUGAUUUUUCGGUCGAAGAGUCACCCACAGCCCAGCAGCCCGGACCCCGACGCGACUCGGGAACCGAUGCGACCGAAACCAAACCGACACUCCUGAUACCCUCUCGAUUAAACAACGUCAGUGCUGCAUCAUCAAAUGCUCCAGCCGCCGCCGGCGAGGGUAGUGACGAAGCUUCUGAAUUGGCUACAAUUCCGGCUACAUUGUCGGAUGCAGCAGCUGCAGAAUCAGUUAUUCCGUCGGCCGUCCCACGCCCAUCUCUUACUUCCGGCAGUCUCUUCUCAACUACAGUGACCUCAGUUCCUUCUGUUGCCAACCCUGCCCCUCCUACUCCCACUGCUUGUGCCAACUUCGUGUUUGGACAGAAGCUUCACGAAAGAGUAGCGAACCCUAAUCACACCUCUACAGAACCUACAUCCAAUGGUGCUGAAUCUAAUGCUAAUCUAUUUACCGUUAUUCCUAAGGAGAAAACUGAAUCCGAAACAGCUUCAACUAAUGGAAUAGCGGCAAGCAAGACCCUAUCGGAUUCAGCUCGGGAGUUGGAGGAAGCGCGAGCUGCAAAACGCAAAUACGACGAAGUAACUGUUGUCACGGGUGAAGAGGACGAACAGAACGCCCUGCAGGUUUAUGGCAAGCUCUUCACUUUUGAUAAGGUUCAAGGCACAUGGAUAGAGCGUGGCCGUGGAACUUUAAGACUCAACGAUAAACAGCUCGAUAAUCACGCACUGCAGUCAAGGCUGGUGAUGAGGACACAGGGUUGUCUCCGCGUUAUUCUCAACACCAAGAUAUGGGCAGAGAUGACGAUUGACAAAACGAGCAGCAAAAGUAUUCGAAUGACAGCCGUGGAUGGCGAUCAGAUUCGCGUUUUUCUUCUUAUGGCUAGUCUCAAAGACACGGAAACGUUGUUCAACGCCUUGGAAUGGCGGUUGGCUACUCUACGGGCCCAUCAAUCGCGAGCAGCAACCGCUGCCGCUGCUGCUGCUGCUGCCAGUUCCAUGCCGGAUUCGGCGACAGCUUACCCGGCCGUACCCCAUAACGAAGACGGCACUAGCAGUCCCAAGCGACGAGCUCUUUCCGUUGAAGAAGAGUUAGGCGACGAAACUAAAAAGAAACGUUCCGAAUGACAAAACAACUAAGGGAUACAGGGGGUUGACUCUGCCGCGCACGUAAAACCUCUGCAAUCUUGAAUUUUGCUGAGUCAACUAUAUUAAAAGAAAACGUACCCACAAAAUUUUCUUACUCCUUUGAUUGACGAAGUGUGUGUUUGUUUGAAAAACGAGCCGUGUCUUCGAAGGUAAGACGAAGAUGUUGUUUUUUGGUUGACACCUUCCUGUGUCUCCCUUUUUUUGUGUUUUUUUUUCCCUCCGAGUACUUGUAUAUUGUAUAUUACAAUAUGUGUACUUGAUCCGAGAUAUUUGUCGCGUAAAGACCUCCUCGCACCUAAACUCACGUUCGUCUCUCUUUUUUUCCCCCUUUUUUUGAAUCUGCAUCUCUUUGCCUGUAGUUUGAAUCAUCGUCGCUGGUUAAACAAUGUUGAGUACCUAAGUUACGCAUUACAAAAUUAAUCUAG